AUGAAAUACGAAGAUUUUGUCUCACUCUUAACAACGGGUCGAUUCACAGAGGAAGAAGCUCCGGAAUAUUGUGAGGAUGCAAAUGAGGGCGAAUUACUGUCUCAUACUCGCAGAUUUCUUACUGAAGCCUGUGGAAUAAAGGACCUAACCAACCAGAUAACGAGCGAUGACAUAUCCCUACAACCAUCCACCGGCGGUGGUUUCGCCGAUAUAUACCGCUCAGCUUUGAAUAAUGGUAAUCAAGUGGCCAUCAGGACUCAGUACAGAAAAUCUUCUGAAUCUUCUCACUUUCGAUACAGGGAAACGAUUAAAAACGCCUACAAUUGGAGCCAGAUGCGACAUCGAAACAUAAACGAACUACUUGGAUUCACCAUUUUCCGCAAUGCUAUCGGGCUAGUCUCAUACUAUGCGAGUAACGGCGGCAUCCCACAGUACAUUUACAAGAGACCAAGCGCUGAUCGUAUGAAUUUGUGUAUUCAAAUCUCCCAAGGGGUAUCCUACAUGCACUCGAUUGGAAUGUUACAUGGUGAUAUUAAGGGGGCUAACGUCGUAGUUAUGGAAGACGGAACCGCGAAGCUUAUUGACCUUGAAACAUCUGUGUCUGAGCAGAGUGCCUGGAGUUUUGAAACCCGAGGCCACUCACUUCGAGCCUCAAUACGAUGGGUGGCACCCGAAAUCUUUCAAGAUGAACCAGUAACGACGCGUGCGUCCGACGUCUAUGGGCUAGCAAUGACUAUACUUGAGAUAGCAUCUGGCAAAGUACCUUGGAGUAAAAUUAGCCGCGAUAUUCAUGUCAUUAGACGAGUGAUCAACGGCGAAACUCCGGAUCGACCCGCCCAAAUUCUGGAUGUAAAUGGCGAUAGUCUCUGGGAGUUACUUCUCGAUUGCUGGAAGCUCGAACCAAAAGAACGACCCAGCGCAGGAUCUGUGCUAAGAGUGUUUCUCGCAAGGAACCCCGACGCUGAUCGAUGCCAACUGAGUACUCAGAUAUGUGAGGGUGUGGCGUAUCUACACAAUAUCGGGAUUGCCCAUGGUGAUCUAAAAGGGGACAAUGUGUUUGUUUCUGACUCAGGCUCUGCACUUCUUGCUGAUUUGGGGAGCGCCGACGUUGAAGGCCGCGCUGUGGACUUCACGCUCUUUAUGAACCGAUGUGGCUAUACGACUCGUUGGGCGGCGCCCGAGCUGAUCAAAUAUGGAGUGUUUCGAUGUAGAGAGGCAGACAUAUAUGCCCUUGGAAUGACUAUUCUUCAAACCCUCACAGGCGAGGUCCCGUUCAAAUACAAACGACAGGACCACAUGGUGAUCAUGGCCGUCAUCGGAAAGCGCGAGUUUCCAAAACGACCGCUGGCUCAGAUACCGGUUGAUAGCGAACACGGUGAUAAGCUAUGGGAUCUCCUCUGUUGGUGCUGGUCUCCGGAACUGGAGAACAGGCCGAAUGCUGACCAAGUGGUAAAAGAGAUGCGAACAAUAACGAGGGAUGGACUAGCCCCGACUGCACAAGACUAA